ACCCGAAUCCAGCGCUCGAUCCAAGACCGGCUGGCUUCGCGAGUUCGCGCCAGAGUCGAAAAGGGCGCUCGCUGUGCGGCGGUUCGUGUGCGGGCGUUUACCGUUGAGCGUGGGGUUGAGUGGUGCAAGCUGUGCAAGUGUUCCCCGCGUCGGUUCACCAUGCGGCGGCAUCCGGUCAGCGUGCGAGCGCGGCCGCGGUACAACAGCGUCCGCGAUCGUCGUCCGAGCUGACGCCGCCGGGGGGAACGAUCGCCGAUCAGCUGCGCCAGUGCACGACGGCGUCGCUCGCGCCGGCGCCAAAAACUGCGACGCCGAGCGACGUGUUCAUCGUUUCCGGGAGACGGCGGCGACCGACGUCAACAACAAGAUCAGGCACAUCGUCAUGUCCGAAUACUGUCUCCAACCGUGCAGCACGAACCGGAACAUCAUGUUCGUCAAGACGAGGGAGCCCAUCGCGGACGACGUAUUCAGCCCUGCGUCGUCGCCCAAGCGACUCUGCCUUGACAUCGAGUCCCGAACUUCCUGUGACGACGUGGACAAGAUAGCUCGCAUCAUCCUGACACCCACGCCGCCAUCUGAGUCCCCCGUGAAACGGCCCCUCCAGGAUGUCACCCUCCGUCACAACAACAGCGGCAGCUCAUCACCAUCACUCCCACCAUCACCCGGCACACCUACCAAGUCCAACAGCGACUUCUUGGGGAGCCCCUCAGACCCCAUGACACCAACGGCUCGUCUCAAGCUGUUAUCCUGCCUGGCUGCUGAACGAUUGCCCUAUACGAGUGGUGAAAAUGGAGCGGACGACGAGCUCUCCAAUCACAGCAGCAACUCUGAGAACCAGAAGCCGACCAGUCGGAAGGACAAGUCCCUUGGCUUGCUCUGUCAGGCGUUCCUGAGCCUUUAUCCUGAAUACACGAGUUCAUCGGACCACAUCAUUGUUUCCCUAGACGAAGUCGCCAAACACUUGGGCGUGGAGAGGCGGCGAGUGUAUGACAUUGUCAACGUCCUCGAGAGUGUCGGCAUGGUGACCAAGGAGGCCAAGAACAAGUACCGCUGGUUCGGCAAGGGGGCAUUGCUGGAGACCUUGCCAAAGCUCAAGGCCCUCUCGGAGAAGAGCAACAUAGCAGGCCAGAUCCACUCGGUGAAGGACUUUGAGUUCAACCACUCCCUCGAGAUGAGCAGCCAGUUGUUUGUGGUGCCGUCCAAUGAGGCCAUCAACUCGGGUCAGGUCACGGCAGCGUCCAUGACGGCCGACAACGGAGGAGGGAGCGGAGGAUCCGGCUUGGCCACCCUCCAGGACUUGGAACUGCGUCGAGAGAAGUCCAUGGGCAUCAUGAGUCAGCGCUUUCUUAUGCUGUUCCUGACAUCGCCGCCAAAAACAGUAAGCCUGGACUUGGCUGCCAAAGUACUCAUCGGUGACCCAACAGUUGACAAGACGCAGUCCCUAGUCUACAAGACCAAGAUCCGACGGCUGUACGACAUCGCCAACAUCCUGACCAGCCUGGGUCUCAUCCGCAAAGUCACGGUGACCGAGUCCCGGGGCCGCAAGAGCGCUUUCAAGUACAUAGGCCCCGACAUCGGCUCAGCCAACACAGAGGAAGAUAUUCAAGUCCAGACGCAGUCGCGGCACUCGCUUGUCGCCACAGGAUUUUCGUUUAAGAGAAAUGCCCUGUCAAAAGACGAGAGUUCGAUGUCAAUGCCGCAGUCGCCGGGCUCUAAUGAAUGUACCGCACAAGUCCUGGAACUCCUGCAACAAACGCAAGAACGCUCCAAGCGUGGCUCAUCGCGGCUGAUGCGGACGCACAGCGACGACAUUUCAGCGCCCACCCGGAAGAGCCGCCGCGGACCCCAGUUGGCCUCGACGGCGACACCCGCGUCGACUGCAAAGACCCUGGUGCGACACGCCAGCUUCCACGACAUCUGUGAGGUCGCCGAGAUGGAGCGGCGGCGUCUGUACUCGGAGGAGGAGGAGAACCGAGACCUGUCCACCCAUGAUGCGCCAGUUGGCAACGACAGUGGCGUGGCUGGCGCGGACAAGUCUCCUGGCGGCGCAGAACGUGGAGUCGAUGGAGCUUCCCCAAGCAAGGUGCCUACAUCCGAUGUUGAACAGGCUGAAGCCAAGAAGAGCGAGCCAAGCGCGGAGUCCCACGUGAUCACCCUGUCCGAAGAGCAGUACACCAGUCUGCUGCAGUCGCUGAAUUUGCCGAUCCACUCCAAGCCAAUCAUCAGCAUCCAGCAGGAGAAGGCAAAGAAGGCCGAGCCACCCUGCAAGUGUACGGGCACCCAGCAUCAGCAGCAGCCACAGCACUUGCAGACGACUCGGCAGACGGUGUCGCAGCAGACGACAACUGAGCAGAUUGCUUCGCAACAGACGACGGUACAGCAGAUGCCGGCGCAGCAGGCAACCAUGCUGGCGGCAGCGGAAGUGCCAACCAUCCUGACUCCCACUUUCCGCUGGGUCAUCGAGCACGACCAGAGGACACCGUCGGGAGCCAGCGGCACUGAAGAGGUCAUCACGACGCUGGCGCUCCCUGCCGCAGCCCGCAAGCUCACAUACGACAGCGUUCCGACUACGCCAGUUUCGCCAGGAGCCGAGCAGGGUCUCGUUCUAAGCUUAACGGCUGCAGAAGCAGCAGACGACGUGGCCCUCAAGCUGCCGCCGACAACGGCAGCAGGAAUGGUAACGCCGCUGACGUCUAACUACUAUGCUUGCUUCGUCCGUGGCCCCUCGUCGUCGCCGGAGGUGUUGCCGCUGGUCACUACAACAGCGUCGUCCUCAUCUUCACCGCAGAUUCCCAUCUUCUCGCCGUCUAACUGUGUGCUUGCCCUGUCUCCUGUCGUUCUUGGCGCGGCCCACCAUGGCCAGGCAGCAGUGUCGGCCAUCGCGCUUCCGGCGGGAACGAGGUUCUUGACGGCCACCACACCAGCAGCAGCGCCAGUGCCCCCCGAAAAGAAGGCCUCGACGGCUGCGCGUAAGUUGACGCUGACCAAGUGAGGAGCUUUUUGACAAAAUGCUGGAUAGACUCAGCAAAACCAGCCGGUGAACAAUCAUGAAUUUGCGGUGGUGGCUAUGCAAAAUUUCACAUUGAAUGCGAGUGCGUGGAAAAGACUGGGCAAAAGUUACAGAAGAAAAAAAUAUCCCAGGGGUGCAGCGAGGCUUGCAUUUCUAAAACUUCGUUUGUGGGGCCACCUGGUCAGUCAAGAAGGCUUAAAUUUGGCUUGCGGUGACUUGCAGAAGUUUGGUGAUGAACUAGCGGUGUCCGCAGGCAGUCAUGGCCAGAAUCUGUAUCGGCACAGCGUAUGCUGUGACUCACGGUGCAAUCGUCUAUUCCGCAACUGUGGUGCAACGGACAUCUAGCAAGAGGAGUAACGCAGAGCUCUGGUGUUGCUGGAUUGUUUGUCGCUCUGUGGCCAGGCAUCAUCCAGCCUUCUAAAGGAAAGCAUGGAGUGCAGAGGGAAGCGAUUCAUUUGUCCCUCCAAUGUGUGGUGAGGCAUCUCCCUGUGUGCUAUAAUGUGUGCAUGUGUGUGUGUGUGGUGUGUGUGUGUGCUGUACAACUUGACAGAUCUUCUACUGUUCUUCACACACCAUUUGGGAGUUUGCAAAGACAUGCGUGUUUGACUGUGUUCAGCAUUAGGACAUUGGGCCAAAAGCUUCGCACUUCAUUUUCCACGGUGCAGCAGGAUGUCAACAAGGACACGCAUCACUACUGUGGGACCUGUACUGUGGUUUGUGAGACGUGAAAAAAGUGACAUUCCGCAACGUAAUCACCGUCAGCCAAUGUGGUAAAGCCUUUUACGGUUUGUUGGUCAAGUAUGUUCUGCUGGCUUGGCCGCAAUGCUUCGACCAUUUUUCUAGUGCCUCCCAGGUUCCUCCUGCCUGUGUUGCGUGCCGCAUGACGUCGAAGCAGGACACAUUCUGCUGCGCAACCAUCUUUGCCCCAGCAGCACUGAAGAGCUCUGAAAUGCUGAACCUUUCAAGAUUCAAGGGCAAGACAUUAUCGACAAAUCCCACCACGUUUUUGGCCACUUUUCGACCACUCAAAUGUUGUUGUGCUACGUGCCAGCUUCCUCACAUUUACUGUUAUGUGGAACUGUCUGCAUGCUAGCUUUACUGUUGAGCUUAACGUGUCGCUAGAUUUCGUUUUUUUUUUGGGGGGGGUAGUGACAUUUUCAUAUUUCAAGUCAUGUUGUCACUUGUUACAUGCCUAGUAUUGUUGUUUGGGCGUUGUUGGAGAGUACGCUUAAAGAUGGGCAUUAGGUUCGUCUCUCGUCACCAUCCAUGACACUUUUUCUUUUUUUACCAGCAGUUAUUACUCCCAUCAUCAGUCUUGUUCUCAUUCAUUACUUUUUCAUCAAGUUCAUCACAUCUGGGUUCGAAAGGGACUUUAGGGUUCAUUCGUAGUCACUGUUGGGGCUUUGAAAAAUGGUUUUAGGUUGAGGUGUAAAUGCCACAUGCUCACUGCCAUUUUUUUUAUUUCUUUGUGGUAAUGGUUCCGGGAUGAACGUGCAUUCCUACUGGGCAGCACAUCAGUGUUGGCUUUUAUUUAUUCACACAGGCACUUGUACAUAGUGGGCGUAAAAUGCCUAGGCUCCAACGUUCCCCCUUGCCAACUUCCGUAGCGACAUCGGCGGCAUCGUCAUCAAAAUUUCCUCCUUGCGGACAUUUGUUCAUAGAGACUGUGUAGUUUCACCGUAAAAGGAAGGACUGUUGUCUUUUUAUCUUUUUUUUUUCUCUGGUCGAUUGGUCGCUGUUGUGAAACAACUGUUCUCGUCCUCGAUGUAGCUUUGCAAAGAAGCAGUGAAUGCAACUGAGAAAUAAAGUGCUACUAUAAUUGCCACACUGUUGGCAUGGUGAAUGGAA